AAACACAGUAAGCGGAAGGUAUUGUGAAUCUGAAUUCACGUCCGGAUUUCACGAAGUCGGCGGUGACGUCGCUGGAUUUCGACCAAGGCUAGAACUGUCACUUUCACUAGAGCAUACGUUUGGCUUCUUGAUCUGUGAUAGGCCGGUAUUGCUGUUGGGAAGAUCCGCUGGUAUGAGCUAACAUGGAAACCAAACCAUUCCUUUCUUUUGGCUUCCUCAAGAGCCAGUGCUCGGUAGCCCCACCUCCUCAGCGAUGGUGCCCGGGGGAGAUGGGCGGCUCGCCCACAGCAUGCUUGUGCUUCACAGGCAUUUGCCCACUUCACCAGCACAGGAGACCCACAGAUCCCUCUGGUCAGCUGACCUCACCAUCGCUCCGCUCACACCACGCCCAUAGGGGAAUGGGUGCUCACCGAUUGCACCCAUCUCUGCUCAUCCCAUCGUCUGUGAGCUCCUCAGGACCUCCACACUCACCCAUCUGCACCCUGAGCUCGCCCAUCACCAGCUUGGCUUUGCCCUUUUCUGUCAGCAGCCGUCCAGCGGGACACCACUCUACCUCCUCCAGCAUGGGCUUCAGCCCGCAGCUCAGCUUCCCAGUGAUCCCCAGUAGCAGCAUCAUUAUCAGCACAGAGGACAUCAAACCCCCACUGGGCCAAAACAGAGUGCUAAAGGUUCCUGCUCAGCCCACAUGCACCUGUCUCUCCUUUAACAAACACAUCUGUGCCAUCUGUGGAGACCGCGCCUCAGGUAAACACUAUGGAGUAUAUAGCUGUGAAGGUUGCAAGGGCUUCUUCAAGAGAACAGUGAGGAAAGAGCUGACGUAUACCUGUCGAGACAACAAGGACUGUCUGAUUGACAAGCGCCAACGCAACCGAUGUCAGUACUGCCGCUACCAGAAGUGUCUGGCCAUGGGCAUGAAGAGAGAAGCUGUGCAGGACGAGCGCCAGAGAGCCAAGGAGAGGCGCGAGAGUGAGGCGGACUCGUUAGGUUGUGCUAACGAAGACAUGCCUGUGGAGAGGAUAGAGGAGGCGGAGCUCGCUGUGGAGCUAAAGACCAAGACAUGCAUCAAGGGGAGCCUGGGCGUGCCCACCAACUCACCCAACGACCCUGUGACCAAUAUAUGCCAGGCAACAGACAAGCAGCUCUUUAACUUGGUGGAGUGGGCCAAGAUGAUCCCCCAUUUCUCAGAGCUGGUCCUGGACGACCAGGUCAUCCUCCUAAGAGCAGGGUGGAAUGAGCUCCUCAUAGCUUCUUUCUCCCAUCGCUCCAUCACUGUGAACGACAGCAUUCUGCUGGCAAACGGACUCCAACUGCAUCGCAACAGCGCCCACAGUGCAGGGGUGGGGUCCAUCUUUGACAGAGUGCUGACUGAGCUUGUGUCGAAAAUGCGAGACAUGCAGAUGGACAAGUCUGAGUUAGGGUGCCUUCGAGCCAUCGUUCUCUUCAACCCAGACUCAAAAGGCUUGUCAAACCCAGGGGAGGUUGAGGCUCUCAGAGAAGGGGUGUAUGCUUCACUGGAGGCAUACUGUAAACACAAAUACCCCGGCCAACCAGGAAGAUUUGCCAAACUGUUACUUCGAUUGCCAGCCCUACGUUCCAUUGGCCUCAGGUUUCUGGAGCACCGGUUCUUCUUCAAACUGAUAGGGGAUACACCCGUUGACACAUUCCUCACGGAAAUGUUGGAAGCUCCACGCCAAAUGACGAAACAGCACUGCAGUUGAAGACUGUCUGUCCAAUACUUGCAUCAAAACAGAGAGAACUGGUAAUUUGCCUGAUUGACAGACUGUAAGUUUGAACACAAGAACUUGUGGACAGCAAACCUAUGGCUUUGUUUAAUGUACAGUAGAUGUAUUUAUCAUAGUUUUGUGUCAAAGUGAAAUGUCUUGAAGGGCCAGAGUCUGCAACAACCCAAAGCAUGAGACCUUUUUCACAAUGAAUGAUAAUGUCUUCUCGCUUCAGAUUCAACACUGAACAUUGUCAUAACAGAUCAAGACUCCGUGCCACAAACCAGCGACCUCAUCAUCCUCCUGCCUUAGACAGGUCUACCUCUUGUAGUCAUUCUCAUAUUCUGUGAUAAUAACAACAUGGUCCGGCCAAACUCGUUGUCUAGGAUGAUCUCCUGCUAUACAUGUAACCCCCACCUCAGGCUCUCGUAGUUGGUCUUCUCCUCCUUAAUGAAAAUGUUCUCAUGUGACUAUAUACGGCAGACGAGGGUAAUGAAUUUAAACUGGAACCCCUUGACAGGGAUAAUGGUUCAGGUAACUUCAGCUCAAGACCAAGGGUAUUUUUUCUACUCCCAGCACUUAACUUUGUCAAGCAGAGAAUGGCUCCAGUCAGUAGCUCACUGUGAGGACAGAGGAGGCUAAUAGGAGGAGCUAUAGGAGGACGGGCUCUUUGUAGUGGCUGGAAUGGAAUAAAUGGAACGGUAUCAAACACAUCAACCAUAUAGAAACCUCAUGUUUGACCUCAUGUUCCAUUUACAUUCUAUUACAAUGAGCCCAUCCUCCUAUAGCUCAUCUCACCAGCCUCCACUGUAUGACUAGCAUGCAACUAGUGGGGAGGAUCAAUAAGGUCUUCACUAAUGAUAAUUCACAUAUCAACAUGUAGUGCUCAUUUCUGUAUUGCUAUGGGGUUUUUAUGGUGCUGCUGUUUGCUUUGUGUUGGUAUUUCCAAAGAGUAGCAGUGAUAAACAUCUUCCAAUGUAUAGAAUGAUGCGUCGGUGUGUAGGUCAGUGUUUCCCAACACCAGUCCACCAGUACCCCCAACAGCAAACAUUUUUGUUGUAGGCCCAGACAAACUCACCUGAUUCAACUCAUUGAUGGCCUGAUGAUUAGUUGACAAGUAGAAUCAGGUGUACUUGUUUGGGGCAACAACAAGGUUUACUGGUGGGGGUAGUGGAGGAAUGGAGUAGGGAACCCCUGGUGUAGGGGACUGUCUGUAAGUGACUCUCUGUAGUAUCUGAUAGAUAUAAUGCACACAUAAGGUCUCUGACGCCAACUGGUGCAUCACACAAAAGUAAUGCAACUGUCCAAGUACAUUAGGACAUGAGAAGAGAGCAGUGUUGUAAUUACUCAUUGCUACAAUGUGUUACAAUGUUACUUACAGCAGUAACCCUAUCCAUAACUCCUGAACCUAACCAAUCCUAUCGUACGUUAUUCAAGUGUAAUACUGGGUAAGUGCAAUACAUGUUACACUGUAAUGCCAGGAAUAAUUAGACCCACAUUUCCCAGCCCAUGCAUGACAGAAGACAGACAAGAGAAUAAUGAUUGAGGAGAUCAAAAGAUGGCAGAGAAUUUUAAAGAAUUGUUUCAGUCAGAAGUACAAUAUUCAGGUUGAGCAGCCAGGAAUAUUUUUGGAACCUCAUAUGUAUUUUAAUUGUAUUUAUUUGAACCUUUAUUUGAUUAGGGAGUCACGCUGAGACCAAGAGCCCUGAAUAACAGAAAUGACAGAAAUUCAAGCAGAAAGAAAAUACAUUUAUAACAAACAGUUCAUUUAGAAAUGAAAUAACCACCAAUCAAUGAACAAUAGCAGCAAACAUAGCCUGCAUCUCGUUCAACCACCUUUUCUUUAAGCAGAUCUAUUAGUUCGUAUUUUAGCGGCAUCAUUGCUUACUGAGCCACUCAGGACUAGUGUAUUUUAGCGGCAUCAUUGCUUACUGAGCCACUCAGGACUAGUGUAUUUUAGCGGCAUCAUUGCUUACUGAGCCACUCAGGACUAGUGUAUUUUAGCGGCAUCAUUGCUUACUGAGCCACUCAGGACUAGUGUAUUUUAGCGGCAUCAUUGCUUACUGAGCCACUCAGGACUAGUGUAUUUUAGCGGCAUCAUUGCUUACUGAGCCACUCAGGACUAGUGUAUUUUAGCGGCAUCAUUGCUUACUGAGCCACUCAGGACUAGUGUAUUUUAGCGGCAUCAUUGCUUACUGAGCCACU